AUGUCUUCGUCAGUGAUUCAACAUCCACCAUUGGGUCUCGCGACUGUCAAUCUCCCUUGUCGAAAUCGGACCCUCAACCGUGUUCUCCUACUCUAUCCUCUGCUAUCGACAUCAUCGAUCGAUUCCACAUCCAUCACUGGUGAACCUUGCCGCCACCGCUCCACCAACACCCCCCACCCCGCUGGAAACCCUUAUCAGUCCGCCUCUCUGCUUCUGUCUCUAAUUUCUGAUAUUACAGGGAUUAAAGAUGUUGUGCAUUCCAGGGAUUAA